UCGCAGACUUCACCACAAACUGCCAGACGGGAAUCAGGGAUUAAAAUCCAGCAAGUUAGAGGAUUGUGAGAAAUAUUUAAAUGAUGUUGAAGCACUGAUGGCAGAACGCGGCAGGCGGGAAGAAAAUAUAAAUAACUGCUCACCAACGGGGGGAAUGGGGCGGCCACAAGUUCGGCUCUUUGGAGUUGGUGGACGAGACAAGGCUGGUCGUGCGCACGCAAGUCGUGACUCCUGCUGUCUGAACAGCAGCAGCAGCGUCGAGUGACUGAUGUGCUAAGCUGUUGAUACAACAAUCACAAUAACCUCAACAACAACCAUGGGCACCGAGCAACAGUGGAGGACGCCGCCGAUGGUGGCGAUGCCGGUGAUGCUGCUGAUGAUCUUGGCGAUGAUGGCCGCACCGUGCCAAGCCAAGGCCUUCACGCAGAGGUCCUUCCUCGACUUCAUCUCGGGGGCAGAAGCCUUCCAGGGGGACGACGGCUCUGCCGAGGGGGCGCUUAUCCCCGCAAAGCCCCCCGUAAAGCCCCCCGCGGAGCCCCCCGCGACACCCCCCAUGAAGCCCCCCGCGAAGCCCCCCGUGAAGCCCCCCAUGAAGUACCCCGUGCGGCCCGCCGUGGUGCCCACGCUGCUGCCCCCGAUCUACGAACCCGAUGGCGGCCCCUCCGACUUCCCGUGCCCAUUCGGGUGCAUGUGCCAAGCCAAGGUCAUGCACUGCUCUGGCGUGGGCCUGAAGAAGGUUCCUGCAAACCUGCCACCGGGUCUGCUUAUCCUGGAUCUGCAGAACAACAAGAUCAGCGAGCUGCGUGACGGGGACUUCGACGGACUCAAAGUCCUCCAGGUGAGUAGCAGCAGCAGUGACA